AUGGCGGAUGAACCCGAAGAUCCCAAUGUGCACCGAGAUGAACUGUUCCAUCUUGUGAGAGAUGGAGACUAUGUUGAUGCCAAGAAGGCCUUAGCAAAGGCAGAUAUGGCUUGGCGGCAUACAGCUCUGCAACAGAAUUUCCUGUUCUUUAUUGCGGCACGGCGCCGCCGGGGAUCCGAAUUAUUAGCAAGGCAGUGCAUCGAGAUGGGUGUCAAUCUAGAGGAAGUUGACGUGCAUGGGCAGACGCCUCUGUUUUGGGCUGCAGCGCGCGGCAAUUUGGUCAUAGUGAAAUUCUUGCUUAAUCUGGGGUUUGAAGUGAACUUUCGCGACAAAGCCAGGAAGAGUGCUUUGUUCCUGGCCAUCGAAAAUGGGCACUUGGCUGUGGCGGACUUUCUCAUCGAGCAUGCUGCCUCCACACGCCUGCAGUCCUCCGAGGGCAGAACGCCACAGUCCAUGCUCAAGGCAUUGCAUCACAAGGCGCCCACCAACAAACGCAAAUGGGUGACGCCAACGCCGGCCUGCGUUUGCCCUGGUGCGGCAACACGGAGCCGUUUCUGUGAAUGGGAAUGGGCUGGGGCCCAGGAGGAGUCUGAUCCACUCAUCGAAAAGAGCGAGGACAACGUGCUGGUGGAGAACCACCAGUACUACGUGUGUGCAUCAGUGACAGGCUGUUCGAAGCGCCUCCGCCGCUCGGAACGGGAGUUUGUUGGAGAUCACGCACAUCUCCAUCAACAGGAGACCUGGUACAGCAAGUUGACUCCUGAGAAUUCUGCCACGCUCGUGAACGUGAGCAUGGGCGACGAAAAAGCACAUGAGAAGAUUAUUGACGAGUUGGCGCAGGGAUCACGGCCUCGUGCCUUCACGCUGGCAGCAGUGUCGCAACAGACUCGCACACUCGCUGGUUACGUGUAUGCAUCUUUCACGGACGAGACGUUGAAGAUCGGCCAAGUCAAAGUGGACCGGCCCCAUCAAGAACGGGGACUAGGCGGUCUGCUACUCAAAGCGGCCGAGAAGCGAGCACAGAACUUGGGAGCAUCCAUCGCGAAAGUGCAACUCACGGAUACCGAGAUGACGGGCCUGCUCGGCCUGGACGACAUGCGAGACUUGCUGCAUCAGAUCUACACCGUUCUUAGCGAGGCGGAGGUCAACGCGGACAACCUGAUCUCCUACGUGAGCUUCGUUCCUCGAGCGGGCUGA